UGAAGAACUAAUUUAUCGAAGAAAGAAGUAAUCAUGUCUGGCAACGUUGGAAUGGGAUCGUGCUGCAUGAGCGGCCAUUUGGCUUCAGGAACACCGCAGGGCCGAGAGGAGACGAUCGGUGGACUGCCAACUUACGUCGCGGAACCCGCGAACAAGGACAAGAGCAAGACCGUCGUGUUCCUUAACGACAUCUUUGGCUACAAGUUCAACAACAUCCGGCUGCUGGCGGACGAGUAUGCAGCUAAUGGAUUCACUGCUUACAUUCCCGACGUCCUCGAAGGCGAUGCGAUCGACCAGGCAUUCCUCAAGACCAUCGAGCCGACUUUACCAGAACGCGAGGCUCGCUCGAUAACGGAGAAAGCGGCUGCAACCGCAAGCGUCGCAGCUACGCUUGGUCCGUUCUUGAUCAAGCACCGAGAGGCUGUGGCUCGUCCCAUCAUCGAAGGCUUCAUCCAGAAGGUGCGCGAGAUUCCAGGGACUCAGAAAGUGGGUGCGAUCGGGUUCUGCUGGGGAGGUCGAUACGCCAUCUUAGCUGCACAGAAGCCUUUUUCUGGGACUCCAGGCAAGGGUAUCGACGCGGCAUUCGCAGCUCAUCCGUCGCUCCUCUCCAUUCCAGCCGACUUCGACCCUGUCACAGUACCGCUUAGUCUCGCGCUGGGCGAGAAGGACUCAUUACUUGGCGAGACGGAGCAAGGGCAGAUCCUGAGACUGAUGGCUGCGAAGAAGAAGGGUGAGGGAGAGGGCGAGGCUUUGGACGGCGCUGAGUGCAUCAUCUACCCAGAUCAGAUCCACGGUUUCGCCUUGAGGGGUGAUUGGGCCGAUGAGAAGAGCAAGGCGGCGAUCGAUCAGGUUACCAAGCAGAGUGUUGGAUGGUUCAAGAAAUAUUUGUAGCUGUGCGACUUGCGGAAGCUUCGACGCCAGCAAUGUGAGCUGUGUAAGGCAGAUACGCUACGCUUUCUCCAUGUUUAUGAUAGACGGGAAAUGGAAAGAUGUUGAGGAUUA